GCACAACCAAACAAAUUAAAUAACCUUUUUAAAACAGCUGGGGCUUGUUAAAAAGGUUCUGUGUUCCUUUGUGAAGCCGUCUGAAGAAGUAACCUCUGUUCUUAGCCAAGAAACUUCCCUGAAUGCCUUUAGUCUUUACUGCAGGCUCAGUAUCCACCUCCAUUACAAGUUCCGUUCGGAAGGAAGAAUAUACUUGUCAGUGCUGGAGGAUACUGGUGGUUGGGUUGAAAGUCAGGUUCUUGGAAUCCUUGGAAGCAGUGACUCCUUCACGGAGCAGCAGAUUACAAUGGCUCAACAGAUCCUUCAGACAUAUCUGACAGUAUGUAAAGAUGUGGUAAUGGUUGGCCUUGGUGACUCAGAUUUUCAAGCACAGCUUCUUCAAAUUCUAAUUUCCGUAAUACAGAUUGAAAAGUGCUGUGAUUUGCUGCCAACAUUUCUUUCUGUACUGAAGGAGAUAACAGAAGUUUGUUUACUUAGUAAGAUGAAUGAUGACAGAGCCGACUUGGAUAAA